AACGAGCCAACGGCCAAUCAAACAAGACUUCAGUUUUAAAUGAGAACUCAUAAUUCCUUCUCCCUUAUACGAAAAGCCUGACCAUAAACAUCGCGGAACCUAACUGUUCUGGCCAGGAUCAGUAUUGUGGGAUUUGACGGACGGUUUUUGUUUCGUUAGUCAGUAGUUUUGAGCUCCAGCUGCCCCCUAUCCGACAGCUGUUUCAUGGGAACCCAGGAGGGAGAGAGAGAUUGGGUUGAUGUGGCCAAUGAUCUACUCAGCAAGUGUCACUUAAACCUAAGGCCGAGGAAACCGACAGACUGCAGUGCAGAUGUUUUCAUUGCUUUGUAUGAGAGCAUCUUGGGCGAAAAUGUUCCAGAUUAUAUCGCAGCACCACGCAGUCAGGAGGAUGACAUCCAUAAUGUUCAAUCUGUGAUUGAUUCAUUGUCUUUGGAUUACCUUCAGAUCAGCCUCUCUCAUAUUACAGGAGAAAAUGUUGUCAGAGGGGAUAAUGAGUCCAUAAGGAACCUCCUUGAAAUCUUCGAUGGCCUCCUGGAAUAUCUGAACGAAGAGAUACAUGAGGAAUCACAGUAUGGUGAGGAACUGAAUGACGGCUUUGGUGAAGACGUGUCUGGUGAAUCCAAGGACCCAGCAAGCUGUGAUGGCUUGGAGCAGAAGGAUACAAAGCUGGAGGGGGCAUCAUUGUCAUCCACUGCAGAAUCGGCUGUGCAGUCCAGUAAACAGUCCCUCCAGUCCUGGAAUGCAGAGGAGACAGCCAGUGAGCUCAUGGGGCUGGGAGUCUCUGCAUGCACGUUUAUGGACAAACAAGAAGGACUGCCUGCCCCUCCCCAAACCUCAGAUGCUACCACCGCCUCAGGUCCAGUGGACAACAGUCAAGCUCCACAGUCUGAAUUGAUUCACUCCGCCAUUGCUCUACAGCCACCCAACCAGCGCAACACCCCCCACAGUCCUGGCAUAGGCCCACAAACCCAACAGCAUCCAGAGGAAAAAGACCCCCCUGCCACUACAGAGACCUCUAAACUGGUAGCUGAGCCCACUGUUACUAAUGGACUACAGUCUCCUCCUCUUUCUCAGUCACCUGCUGUGAGUGUGAAGUCUUUGUCCAGCCAGCAACGGUCCAGGACAGAAGUGGUGGAGGAGACACUUGAGCCAACUAAUGGAGGUCCCAGGAGGGUUUUAUUCCGCACGCAGCCAGAUGUGCUCUUCCUCACCCUGCAGGACGAGAUGGCAUCCACCACCCCCUCUCCCUCUCCACCAGACACUGACGAGGAAGAGCAAGAUGAGGAGGAUCAGAGUUAUACACGAACAUUGCUGCACAGACAGAUGGGUCACAGGGAUGGGGCAGGCCACAGUAGCAGGACAGCACAAGACGGUUUCGAAGAUCCUCUGUCUUAUCGCAGACAGAGGAACAAGAAAGCAGAAAAGGAGCUGCAUCAGAUAUCAGAGAAUCUGUCCCAUCGACUAGAGGAACUUGAUCAGAUGCUUAAACGAGUUCUCAAUGAGAGUGGAGAGACGAGUGAGGUCAAAGAAGAAGACAAACAGUCCCACCACAGUGACAGUGUGAUGGAGUGUCGCAGGACUCCCAGACAGCACACAGGAACAUCUGAUCCUGAAUCCACCCACCGGACGCGCUCCUUAUCCCCCUCACCUCCACGAGUGCGUCGUGGUCUGCAGGAACAGUUAGAGGAAGCCAUGGCAGAGGCCUUGAGCCUGGAUGAUGGAAAACAAACCAACCUCACAACUUCCAGUUAUUCAAGACAAGGAGAGUCACGGCACAGACACUCUUCUAGAAAACAUAGCAAGUAUCUGGAGAAUAAGGCCUAUGAGAAGGAACUGAAAAGAUAUGAAGACAAAGAACGGGCGAAACUAGACAAGGCGCGCCUCAGAGCUCAGGAAGCUGAGCAAGAGUACAGAGAGGCCAUUCUAAGGGAUGUUCCUCAGGCACCCACAUUGUCCCCAGCUAAAACAAAGUCUCGGCAUACCGUUACUGAACGUAACGCACAUAACACACCAGGACGGAGACGGGUGGAGGCUCCCAGGAAAGUCCCAUCAAUGAAAAUAAAAGAAAAUGAGCUCCUCCCUGUGCUCCGAGAAGAGUUGCCCCACCUACACAUCUCCCCUCAUGCCCUGGGGCGGAUGUGGGAGCAGCAAAUGCAGCAGGUGGACAGACUCCAUGCCCUGUCCUCUCACAGUCAGCGUCGCAACAGACUCUCCAGUGAGCUGGAGGAGGCUCAGAGGAAACACGACCUGCUGGUGGAUCUCAUUCGUAAAGAUCAGGACCACAACAGACGCCUGAGGGACUUCAAAGAGCGGAUCCAGCAGCAGAAGUCAACACAGAACAGACUGAGGGAACAGAGGCAGCAGAUAGCCCGCGCUAAGAAAUACCACAGCGACUACCAUGUUCAGCACCGAGCCCGCCUGAUGAGGGCCCGCACCAAGGAGGAGAGGAUGUUUCGACAGCUGUUUGAGGAGGGUUUGGAGUUACAGAAAGUCCGAUUAAGAGAGCAGAGAGCUUACGCCAGGGAGCAGCGGCUGGAACACCAGAGACGACACCAGGAUCAGAUCAAAUCCAUGGAAAACUACUACAAAGAUCAAUUUUCACUUCUAGCUGAAAAACUUGCACAAGAACGCCAGGAGAUCCAGGUUCGGAAAAAGGCUCAAGAAAAGGCUCUGCUGAAGAUGAAGCGAGAGCUGCGUUCAAAGAUGGAGCGUGAAAUUGGUGAAUUGCAGAAGAUCAUCAUCCAGAAUGAUGAAGACGACUAUUUCCAGGACCUGGAGGUCCAGAGGCUGCGUAACCGGGUCCAGAUGGCCUCGUUUCAGUACAACACUAGCUAUCUGCACUGACCAGACAGGCUGGGCACAUCUGGUUUAAGCCCCACUCGAUGGAGACUCAUUCACAUCAAGGGAACAUGCUGCUAAAGACUUUUCUAUAUUCACAACUAAGGGUACAAGAAUCUGGCUCGCGAACAAUACGGUCUCCUCAGGCAUCGUCCUGCAGAGAUUUGCACAAGAGGGAAUUGACAUGUUAAGAAUUUACAGAAAUCCUGAUUAUUCAUGAACUGAGAACAUUCUGACAAAUGUAGCAAUUAGCUAAGUUAGCUAACUCUUCCUCCAACCUCAGCUGCUACACCUGAACUUAAAGACACCUUGGACCUAGUCCCCUUCUUCCAUUGGUUUUAGUACUGAUAAUGUACGAAUGUUUUAACUCCUCACUGUGCAGUCAUGUGCCCUUACUGUAGCAAAAAAGUAGUAAAUGUUCUUCUUGCCAAACAGGGACCACAGAUGCAAAGUAUGAAUGUCACAAGUUAACUUUAUUUUUCUCCCCUCCCUGUGCAACGUCUUCCUUAAACGUUUUAACCAUGCUGUUGGAUUAUUUAUUUUUUAACUUGAAUGAUGUUUGAUUUUUAAUUAACCUGGUGUGCUUUCUGAUCACUAGGAGCGAAGAUAAUCAAGUCUUUUUUUGACUUCUCCUUUUCCUUAGCUCCAUUGUGAUUGUUUUUAACUCUCACCCAGAACAUAAGAUGGGAUACAUCUGGACCAGUCCACCAGGGGUUCCACUGUUAAAAUACUGUCUACUGAUUAAUGUAUUAAUCAUUAAAAGUGUGGGCUCACUCUU